AUGCUGAGGUCAUCGCGCCUGGCGUCUCGGGCGCUAACCCACGCGCUGGCGUGCACGUCGAAGUCCGCCGCCGAGUCUGCCCCGACGCGGGCGAACGUCCGGGCAGCCGCGGCGACGGGGCGGCGACGAUGGGAACCCGAGAGCCGCGGUGGGUGGCGGGGGCAAUCGUCGUCGUCGGAUCCGCACCUUCACGGCUGGUCGCCGUACAAGGGUUUCGCGGACACCGCCAACGACGACAUGGGCUUCGUCGAGGUGGACCUGAGCAUGGUCCCGCGGCCCGUCGCGUCCGGCCCGGCGUCGGCCACGAUCGAUCGCGACGGCGACCCGACCUUCGCGUCGGUCGAUUUUGGCUCGGUCAGGCACUACCGGAUAGAGGUCACCACCGCGGCGGUUCGCGGCGCGGGAACCUCGGGAAGUGUCGAGAUCACCUUCAUCGGUGACCAGGGCGUCUCGCCGCCCAUAUCGCUGGAGUACGCGACGGAUUUCACGCCUAGGUUCGAGCGGGGCACCACCCUGCCGUUCAGGGUGACCAGCUACAUGGACCCGGGGCGGCUGAGCCAAGUGCAGGUGCGGCUCAUCCCCGAGAUGUCCCAGGUUGGCCACGGAUGGCUACUGGAGAACGUGAAGGUGACGAGCGAGGAGACCGGAGACGUGUCGCACUUUCGCAGCCGCAAGUGGUUCGGCGAGAGCGACUGCGGCGGCAGGGACGGGCCGCUCUCGCAGCUCCUCGCAAAGGACGUCUGCCCCGGGAAGAGGGAGAGGGGCGAGACGCGCGCGGAUCUGCCGGUGGUAAACCUGACCGUUUCCGCCGCGGGUGCCACCGUGCCGCACGUGGACAAGACCAAGGAGGGCAUACGGGCGGUGAUGCAGCGCGAGUGGGGCCACGGAGGCGAGGACGCCUAUUUUUUCAAGUCGUCCAAAAUCGAGGGCGAGAAAAACGUGGUCGCCUUUGGCGUGGCCGACGGCGUGUACAUGUGGCGGUGGCAGGGUAUCGACGCCGGGGAGUUCAGCCGGCGUUUGAUGGGCCUCGCCUCGGAGGUAUUCUCGGGCUUCACCGAGGUGAAGAGCGAGAGCAACGAGCACAAGUUUGAAAAAAACCGGCCCGAGCACCUGCUCAAGGCUGCAUACGCCGGAGUAAGGGAGGAAGGCGUGCAGGGGAGCACGACGGCGUGCAUCGCCACCAUCGACCAGACCCACGGCCUGCUCCGCAGCGCGAACGUCGGCGACAGCGGCUUCAUGAUCGUCCGGGGCGACCCGGGCAACCGCGGGGUGUGCCACCGGUCGCCACACCAGGAGCACGAGUUCGGCCGGCCCUUCCAGCUCGGCCACCACGCCAACAGCGACACGCCGGAAGACGCGAUGCUCACCGCGUUCCCGUUGGAGCCCGGGGACAUCGUGGUCAUGGGCUCGGACGGACUCUGGGAUAACCUGUCUGAGAUUGAGAUACUCGAUGUCAUCGAGUCCGUGUUUCAGGGCAGCUCCGCGAGCGCGGGGCUGGGCGCCGAGAGUCAGGGCGUGAUGAACAGGGCGAGCAGGGAGCUCGUCUCCGCGGCGUACACCGCGAGCAUGGACAAGAGGCGGACCACGCCGUACUCGCUCGCGGCGACCGAGUGGUUCGACAUGGUGUACUCUGGUGGCAAAAAGGACGACAUCACCGCGGUCGUCGUCAACGUCGGAUGAUGA